UAUUAUUUGUGGGCUGCAUAACUACAGUAUAACAGUCUGACAAGUUUUCAAAUGAAUCCCCUCCCCCAGUUUAUAAAUUACAUCAUGGAUGAACUAUCUGGCAGAGCACGUCCGUGUUAAAACUGGGUGGAUGCUUGCAAAGUUGUGGGGACAUGCAAGAUACAAACGAAUCAUUAUCUUGUUUAUAUUCUCCAUUUUUGACUUUGCCAAAAGAGCUGCUGGACUUCUACUUUGCAUUGCAACACCAAUCUUAUUCCCUGGAAAUCCAUGGAAAUUCCCCACAACAAAAAUCUGGCCCCAUCUGCUCUGUUCGCAGGCACAGCUGCAUCAUGCAUCAGCUACCGCUGGCUGUUUGCCUGCUGUCUCUGUUCACUGUGCUGACUGUAGAGUCGUCCAAGAAGGGACGCAACUUUACCAUCCAUUCAUCACAGCUUAGCUGCAGUUUGCCAGGCCCUCAGGGUCCUCCAGGGAGUCCAGGUGCAGCAGGUCCCAGUGGUAACGUAGGCAAGAUGGGGAUGCCAGGUGUUGAUGGCCAGGAUGGGAAGGAUGGUGACAGGGGAGAGAAGGGAGAGAAAGGUGAGCAGGGUCGUCCUGGGAACCCUGGAAAACAUGGACCUCAAGGACGCCCAGGACUUAUUGGGAAGGCAGGACCAAGGGGCCUUAAGGGUGUGCGAGGGGCACCUGGUGUGUUUGGAAUCGCUGGGAUAAAAGGAGAGAUGGGAGAUGUGGGGGAAACCGGCGCCAUUGGACGCUGCGGCUGUGGAGCAGAGGCACGAUCUGCUUUCUCAGUAGCGGUAACCAAGAGCUAUCCUAAGGAGCGCAUACCUAUUCGUUUUAACCGGAUUUUAAUGAACGAGGGUGGCCAUUACAAUGCCACCAGUGGCAAGUUUAACUGUGUGAUUCCUGGUGUGUAUUACUUUACAUAUGACAUCACAUUGGCUAACAAACAUCUGGCCAUCGGGCUUGUUCACAAUGGCCAGUACAAGAUUAAAACAUUUGACGCCAAUACAGGAAACUAUGACGUGGCCUCAGGAUCAACAAUACUUAGACUGCAAAAAGGAGAUCAGGUCUGGCUUCAGAUCUUUUAUUCAGAGCAAAACGGACUGUUUUUUGAUCCAUUCUGGACUGACAGUAUUUUCACAGGAUUUCUCAUUUUUGCUGAUCAGGCUGCUUCAAAUGAGGUGAAGACCAAUUCUGGAUCAUCCUGAUUGAACUUUUGAUAUGUUUUGUAUACAUUUUAUCAAAUGGCUCCCAAUAACCUGUGUUUACAAAAAAAUUGUAUGAAAAUAUACACUACCAGGCAAAAGUUUUUGAGCAGUAAGAUUUUUUAUGUUUUUAAAGAAGUCUCUUCUGCAUUUAUUUGUACAGUACAGCAAAAACAGUAAUAUUGUGAAAUAUUUGUACUAUUUAAAAUAACUAUUUUCAGUUUGAAUGUUUUAAAAUUUCAAAGCAGAAUUUUUAGUAUCAUUACUCCAGUCACAUGAUCCUUCAGAAAUCAUUCUAAUAUUCUGAUUUGCUGUUAAAAAAACAUUUAUUAUGUUUAAAUUAUAUUAUUAUGUUGAAAACAGCUGAGUAGAAUUUUUUUCAGGUUUCUUUGAUGAACAGAAAGUUCAGAAGAACAGCAUUUAUCUGAAAUAGAAAUCUUUUGUAAUGUUAUAAAUGUCUUUAUCAUCACUUUUGAUCAAUUUAAAGCAUCAUUGCUAAAUAAAAGUAUUAAAAAUUAUAAAAAAACAAAUUAUACUGACUAUAAGCUUUUGAAUGGUAUAGGGUAUAAUGCUACAAAAGCAAAAGUUUGAAUCAAAUAAAUUCAGGCUUGGUGAGUAGAAGAAACUUCUUUAAAAAAAACCCAUUAAAAAUCUUACUGUUCAAACUUUUGACUGGUAGUGUAAAUAUUCAAUUUGAAAUAGGAAAAAAAGCCAUAAUAGUACUAUAUAUAAAUAAUACUAAAAUAACACUGCUUGUCAGAUUUGAUAGAGAAUAAAACUGAAUAUUUUAAUGGAACAAAUGCAUUUUACAUAAACACAAUUAAUUGAUAUAGAUUUUAUUUUUAUAUUUUCAUACGAAAUAUUUUAUAUGUUGAUCCAUUCUGGAUUGUUAGUACUUUCACAGGAUAUUUCAUUUUUGAUCAGCCUGCUCCAAAUGAAGUGAAAAUGAUGACCAAUUCUGACCCUAAUUUAACUUUUUUUGUUUCGUAUUUCAUCAGUGGCUUCCAAUAGCCCUGUGUUUACACAUUGUAAAAAAGGGGAAAAAAAGAUUAUUAAGUAUCAAAAAAACAAACAAAAAACGAGUUGUCAAGACCCAAAUUUAUUCCUUAUAAAUUUUUCUCACUACAAGUAUUUUUCAACUUUGACCUCAUUCUAGGGCCCCUAAAAAUGAGAAAAACAUUUUACCCAAAGGGACUUUUAGCCACGUUGGACACUAUGGUGUCACCACAUGACCUUUGAUCUUCUACAAGUCUGUUUUUUAUUUUUCUAUUGUUUAUUUACUAUUCUCCUCAUCUAAUCUUGUAUUCUCCUAUGGUUCAAAGGUUUAGGAGACCUUGUCUUGGAACACGCUGUCACUGGAGAUUUGUGUAACCCCCUUCUUUUGAAUUAUAACUUUGUGCAAAAAUAGCAGCCAAACAUGCUGCUGUAAUGAUCUAAUCAAUAUAGGUUCAUGAGCAAAACCACUAUUUACACAAACAGUAGAGCAGUUAUUGAGCAUGUGAUCACUCAUGUGAUAAUCAAAGGUUAUGUAGUGAUACUGUGCUUAGGCUUUAUUUGUGACCCUGGACCACAA